AGAUCUGAAUAGCUUUUUUAUUUUGAAUUUCCUUUUAAUUUAAUGUGCUUCAAAUGAAUAUAUAGUGAAGUACUUUAUUUUUUCGUCUCCCAAAUUACCAAUUUGCUUUCAGUUCUCUGUUUACACAUAAUAGCCUUCAUGGGUUCUUCAUCGACGGAUGCUUUUCCCCAAAUUCAGCCAAUAUUUGGAGGUUUAUUCUGAUUCGGAGCUAGCCAGUGUUGUGCAUCUUCCUCAGUUGUCUUCUGAUAAUCAAGUCUCAAGGGUGAAGGGAGUGAUAGGAAGGAAACUUUGAUGGAAUUUCGUGCCGGUAAAAUGAUCAUAGAGGGGAAAAAAGUUAUCCCUGAUUCACGGAAAGGACUUGUUCGUAUAGGCAGGGGUGAAGAGGGACUACUCCAUUUUCAGUGGCUUGACCGUAAUCUCAACAUUGUCGAAGAUGAUCAGAUUGUUUUCCCAGAGGAGGCAGUUUUUGAGAAGGUCAAUCAAUCGUCUGGAAGGGUCUACAUCUUGAAGUUCUGUACCGACGAUAGAAAGUUUUUCUUUUGGAUACAGGAGCCUGCAGCUGACAAUGAUGCACAAAUAUGUAGCUCAGUCAACUUCCACUUGAAUCAACCACUUGAGUUCCCUGGUGAAGAUGAGCCUGAAGCUUCAGCUCCAUUACCAAAUUCUGAAGAUAUGGUAGAGGAAGAUAUUUCAUCGAGGGCGGGAAAUUUGGUUAGUGCAAGCAUGAAUACUGAAGCAAGUAGUGAUGUAACGUCUUCGGGUCCUGUAAAGUUGGCUGAUCUUCAAAGAAUAUUGAGUAACAUAGGAUCCACAGAUGAGGCUGUAGAUCCUGAUGCAGGAUUGGGAUUGGGAGAUAUUUUGAGGCCUGAGCUCAUAUUACCACUGAUUGAAGAAAUACCACUAGAAGGAGAGCUAGCUUCAUACUUGCCUGAGGGCCAUUGGACACCACAUGAAUUAUUGGAGUUGCUGCAGAGUCCCCCAUUCCGCCAGCAACUAGACUCGUUUACUUAUGUUCUUCGAACUGGACAAAUAGAUCUGGCUCAGUUUGGAAUUGAUCCCAGUCAAUAUAAGUUAACUGUCCCAUCUUUUCUUGAGGCACUGGAAGAUUCUGUUUCCGCUGCAUCAGGAUCCAACGAGUCAAGGCAGGAUGAGAAGGAUUUAAGAUCUCAAACGUGCAACAGAAGUGAUCCCAUGGAUGAAGGCCAUUAAGAUAAUGAGUCCAAAUCAAUACGAGAUGCUCUUAUGGAGUUCUCACAAUGUUGAUUCCCCUUGUUUAAUUUUAGAGAAAAAGAAUUGAUUUCCAGAUGAUGUGAACAUUGUUGUUUGCUAGCACUGUAAAGAAUUAAUGAUUUGGGGUGAAAUUUCUUUCAUUUGUUGCCUCAUUUUAUGCCAGACAAAGUAUACGGCAAAUUGCGUCCAACUUAUUAUUGCAGCUGUUCAGGUGAUAAGACAUUCAAAUCAUUCAAUUAUAUGGGACCGUGUAUGAUGUUUCACGUCA